ACUCCAAAAGCAUAUGACAAGGACAUGACAUCAAAGAAAAUUGUCCAUGGAUCUCUCCUAAUACCAAUAUGAAUCUCUCAAACAUGUUUCCGUGCAAAAUACGAUUCAUCAUCGUAAUUAAGCAACGCAAAUCUUUCUCUCUAUCUCUGUCUUUGCGUCUAUCUCACCUUUAAUUUCAUCUCUUAUUACUCCUUUACCUUUCUUUCAUCCCAUCCAUGAAGAAUCUACUGUUUUGCCGAACCUCGAGAAUUCCUGUAGAUUUGGAUUGGUUUCACAAAAUCACCUUGAUUAUCUGUUCGAUUUGGCAGUUUUAGAUUUUGUGUUUAUUGAAAGUUGCUUCUUGAGUUAGGUCAUUACUUGAGUAAUGGCGGAUUUUCAGAUUCGGAGAAAAUUAGUAUCUGAUCGGGAACCUAGCAGUUUAAUUAAUCAUCGAAUUCAGGCGGAUUCGGUUUGCAAGCACCGGAAACUAAAUUCUGAUAAUCUACCAGAGAUGAAAUGGUGGCUGCAUGUGAAAAGUAAUAUGGAGUGUGAAGCUAAUUAUUCCUGCAAGACGGAGGAGUUUGGUGCCUUCGAGUUUCUUGAUGGAAAUGUUAAGAAUGGCGAAGAUCAGUCUAUUAUUGACUUUGAUGGAAGUGAUCAUUUAUCGGUAGAUCAGCCACGGAAUGUAUCUUCUACCUGUAUGAAAAACAACAAUAGCAGAAUGCGGAAAAUUGAGGCUUUGUUGAAUAAUGAUUUACAUUUUAGUCCCAGGAAGAAAGACCGGGAGGAGUUUGGAUUUUCGGAUGGUCAUUUUAUGGACUGCGAUGAUUCUGAAUUCUCAGUCUCUGAGAAAACCGCAACAGGUUUGAUGGGAAACGAGAAACCCGGGCCUUGGUGGCGUAGUGCUGGAAAGGAUGAGUUGGCUUCCUUGGUUGCUCAGAAGUCACUUGAGCAUGUGGAAAAUUGUGAUCUCCCUCGUCCUCAGCCUAAGCAUUUCGGGCAGAGAUUCUCAAAGGGUGUCGAUAUUGAUCGUGAUGAGAUAAAAUCAUCGUCUAUAAACCAGAAAGCCGAGACUUGUUCUUCCAGUGCAGAUGGUUAUACAUCAGGAACACCUAAUUCAAGUGCUCAUUUCAGUUCUGGCCAGAGCAAAGAUUCUGGUUCAAGCGACAAAGAUUGUCAAACAAAUUCUGAGAAUGGUAGCAUUACUGAGCUGUUAGAAGCAUUGUGUCAUUCGCAAACAAGAGCAAGAGAGGCUGAGAAAGCAGCGCAACAAGCUUACAACGAGAAGGAGCAUAUCGUGAGUCUUUUCUUUAAACAAGCUUCUCAGCUCUUUGCAUAUAAGCAAUGGUUCUACAUGCUGCAGCUUGAGAAUCUCUGUCUUCAACUCAGAAACAAAAACCAACCAUUGUUAAGUCUCUUUCCACACAGGGGAAAGCGGUUUAAGAAAAAUCAUGGCAGGGCUGAAAAGAAAAAGAUUAGUAAUAGAGAAUGUGGAAUUAGAAAAUGCGUCGUCGCGUUUGCGGUGGGUUUGAGUCUUGUUAGUGCAGGUUUGCUUCUUGGUUGGACCAUGGGAUGGAUGUUUCCGUCGAUGUAAAUAUAAUGACAUCUUGAUUGAGAUAUUGACUAAGGCUGUUUGAGUGCUUCUGCUAUGCUCUUCUGGAGUUUGAGUUCUGUUGUGAUGAUAUGAUCAAAAGAGUAUAUAUAUGUUAUGUGAUGUUGUCCAUUGUUUCCAUUUCCAUCAUUUGUAAAUAUUUCUCGUUGGUUGAGACCUGUUUGUAUAGAUUUAAAGAUUACAUUUGUGUAGAAGAAUGUGUAUAAUGUGCCAUGUAAAGUUUUCUAUGUUCAUGUUUGUCUGAUCA